GAUUUUACUCUGCACUCAAGACUGCUCCUCUCUGCGGACUGAAACAGAGUGGAGCCAUGGCUUUGGAACACAACCAGUCAACAGAUUACUAUUAUGAGGAAAAUGAAAUGAAUGAUACCCAUGACUAUAGUCAAUAUGAAGUGAUCUGCAUAAAAGAAGAGGUCAGAAAAUUUGCCAAAGUUUUCCUGCCUGCCUUCUUCACAGUAGCUUUCAUCAUUGGACUUGCAGGCAAUUCCAUAGUAGUGGCCAUUUAUGCCUAUUACAAAAAGCAGAGAACCAAAACCGAUGUGUACAUCCUGAAUUUGGCAGUGGCAGAUUUACUCCUUCUAUUCACUCUGCCCUUCUGGGCAGUUAAUGCAGUUCAUGGGUGGGUUUUAGGGAAAAUCAUGUGCAAAGUCACUUCAGCCUUGUACACAGUCAACUUUGUCUCUGGAAUGCAGUUUUUGGCUUGUAUCAGCAUAGACAGAUACUGGGCAGUAACGAAAGGCCCCAGUCAACCAGGAGUGGGAAAACUGUGCCUGCUCAUCUGUUUCUGUGUCUGGAUGGCUGCCAUCUUGCUGAGUAUACCUCAGCUGGUUUUUUACACAGUCAAUCACAAAGCGAGGUGUGUACCCAUCUUUCCAUACCAGCUAGGAACAUCCAUGAAAGCACUGAUUCAAAUGCUGGAAAUCUGCAUUGGGUUUAUAAUACCCUUUCUUAUUAUGGGAGUGUGCUACUUCAUCACAGCAAGGACUCUCAUCAAGAUGCCAAACAUUAAAAAAUCUCGGCCCCUCAAAGUUCUGCUCACAGUGGUCCUAGUUUUCAUUGUCACUCAGCUGCCUUAUAACAUUGUCAAGCUCUGCCAAGCCAUAGACAUCAUCUACUCCCUGAUCACUGACUGUGACAUGAGCAAACGCAUGGAUGUUGCCAUCCAAAUUACAGAGAGCAUCGCACUCUUUCACAGCUGCCUCAACCCGGUCCUGUAUGUUUUCAUGGGAGCCUCUUUUAAAAACUACAUUAUGAAAGUGGCCAAGAAAUAUGGGUCCUGGAGAAGACAAAGACAAAAUGUGGAGGAGAUUCCUUUCGAUUCUGAAGAUGUUACAGAACCAACGAGCACUUUCAGCAUUUAAAUAUAAAACUGCUCUGUGUCUUGCUUUGAUACACAUGAAUGAUGCUUUUCCCCCAGAUCAAACAUCUGCAUUACUCUGAAACUCAAAUCUCAAACACUGUAGUGGCAAUGUAUAAAAGAAAAGAGGUUGGGUGGGGAAGGGGGGUGGGAUAGAAGCCAAGAAAAAGAGGAAACAUAAUAAUAAAUGUAAAAAACAUGGAAAUGAAAAUUAACAAUAAAGGAAAACAGUAGUAAUAGGCAUUGUAAGAAUAAUACUGUAAGUUAGGUCAUCUAAAACAAAUGAUUAAAGAGGCCUAAAUUAAGGGUGAUUUAUAAUUAUUGUAAAUUAUCAAAAUUAUAAUAUAAGAAAAUAACUAUGCAGCGAAAUUUAAUAUUUUUCCUUUUUCCUGCUUCUUAAUU